AUGGCGAUGCCUGAUGUGUUUGCACAGGCUAGCAUCGCGAGGGUGGUUCAGAGGCAUGAUCAUCAGGUGUUCGUCGCCGACAGCGCCGGCGCCGGCGCCGGCGGGUGGGGCGCGUGGGCGCACCGCGGCCACCGCCUGUGGGCGUCCAUGUCGGAGGAGUUCUGGAUGCACGUGUACAAGGUGCAGCGGUGCCCGCGGUCGUCGAGCCACGACUGGACGGCGUGCCCCUACGCCCACAAGGGGGAGCGCGCGCGCCGCCGCGACCCGCGCCGGUUCGCCUACGCCGCCGUGUCGUGCCCGGACUUCCGCGCGCCGCAGCCGGGCGCCGUGCCGAGCUGCGUCCACGGCCUCCGCUGCCGCUUCUCCCACGGCGUCUUCGAGCUCUGGCUGCACCCGGCGCGCUUCCGCACCCGCAUGUGCUCCGCCGGCGCGCGGUGCCCGCGCCGCAUCUGCUUCUUCGCGCACGGCGCCGCCGAGCUCCGCGACGACCCCAACUCCAUAGCGUCCGCCAUCCUGACGCCGCUGCUGCCGCUUCCGCCGCCGCGGCCGCCGCUGACGACGACGACGACUCUUCCUCCCAUUCUCAAACGAGCUGACCAUCCCACUGUUUCUGCUGCCCAUGACCAUCACCUUGAUGUACUCGAAGAGGCCAUGAGAACUAGGCUUCACUUGUAUUCUUCCAAUGCUGCCGCCGCCGCCGCCACCACGCCGGCGGCGAACGGCGAGGGUUCAUCUGUCGGGAGGAGGUGCAGCUGCAGCCGCUGCGUGGAGGAGGAAGAGUCGCUGCUGACUGGCUACCCGCAUUAUGAUCUCAUCAUGGACUUGGUGAACAACUAG